ACGAAAAGACGAAACCGAGAAGAAAACAAAUCCAGAGAGAGAGAAGGAGACGGAGGAGAAAAGGAAGGUUUCUCUCUCUUCUUCUCCCUUCCGCUUCAGCAGCAAGCAUCAAGAGCAGCAGCAGCAGAGCUCAACUGAAUCCACUGCACCUUUCGCUUUUUUUCUGCUCUGCGCAGAUCUCGUUCUGCUCCUCUUCCCAGUUGAACGAAUUGGAACUGCCUAUUUUCAAUUGAGAUUGGUUUUCCGCGGGAACGAAUUUAGGGAUUCGGUUUAUGUUGGCUUUCAUUUCUGGCAGCAGGGAGGGUUUUCUUGGUGAUUUAUGUUGAUUUCCUCACUUCAGUGGGGAGGAAUCCUGUGAGUUAUAUGGUCCCAAUACUCGGUUUCCAGUUGUUUAUGUAGAGCGUUGUUGCCUGUUGGCCAUUCAGAGGGCUGAACUGCUGCGGAGCUAGGUUUUAGAGUUAUCUUAUUAGAGGUUAAGUGAGUAGUUGAAAACCAAAUGUCUGGUGGUGGCAAUAACAACAACCCGCCAAAGAGCCUGGGGCAGUCUUCAUCUCCAUUUGGGAAUGUUGGGAUACUCAACUCAUCUCCGGUGCCUACGAAUCAAGGGUUCCCACAGUCACAAGGGCAGCAGCAGGGACAGAUUAGUGUAGGGUUCCAGAACCAGUUCCAGCAGCUGUCUCAAGCUCAAGCUAGCGUCCAAGCACAGCUGAAAGCACAAGCAGCCCAUGCUGCUCAGGUUCAAGCACACGCCCAGUUCCAAGCGCAUUUACAAGCGCAGGGGAUCUCCCUCAAUCAGGGCCAGAAUGCUGGGAUGGGAGGAGGCUUCGGGACUUCCUCCUCGACUUCAUUUGGCACCCCUGGGUUGGCCAGCAGUGCAAAGCGGGUUGGUCAGAAACCACUGGGAAGACCUCCUGGUAUUCCCAUGAACAACAUGGUCUCUCCUCCCAAAAUGAUGGAUUUAACUCCAGCUAAUCGUAAGAAGAAGCAGAAGGUGCCAGAGAAGCAGCUGCAUGAGAGAGUGGCGGGGAUUCUUCCAGAGUCUGCACUUUAUACGCAGCUUCUCGAAUUUGAGUCCCGUGUUGAUGCUGCUCUAGCUAGGAAGAAAGUUGAUAUUCAGGAGGCACUUAAGAGUCCUCCAUCUGUUCAGAAAACACUGAGGAUCUAUGUCUUCAACACGUUUGCCAACCAGAUCAAAACAAUUCCCAAUAAACCGAAUUCCGAACCUCCUUCCUGGACUUUAAAAAUUGUUGGGAGGAUUUUGGAAGAUGGAGUGGAUCCUGACCAGCCUGGUGUACUUGCUCAGAAACCGAAUCCCUUGUUACCAAAGUUCUCGUCUUUCUUCAAGAGAGUGACCAUAUCAUUAGAUCAAAGACUAUAUCCAGAUAAUCACAUGAUCAUAUGGGAGCAGGCUCGCUCGCCUGCUCCACAUGAAGGUUUUGAAGUGAAGAGGAAAGGAGAGAACGAGUUCACUGUUCAUAUUCGCUUGGAUAUGAAUUAUGCGCCUGAGAAAUUUAAGCUAUCUCCAGCUUUGACAGAAGUUCUUGGUAUCGAGGUAGAAAGCCGCCCUAGAAUAAUUGCUGCAAUCUGGCAUUAUGUAAAAGCUAGGAAACUGCACAGCCCAGAUGACCCUGCUUUCUUUAACUGUGAUCCACCUCUUCAAAAAGUAUUUGGGGAGGCAAAAGUGAAGUUCACUAUGGUUUCGCAGAAGAUAUCUCAGCAUUUAUUUCCUCCACAACCGAUCCAUUUAGAACAUCAGAUUAAGCUCUCAGGGAAUAGUCCUGUGGGGACAGCCUGCUAUGACGUGUUGGUAGAUGUGCCAUUCCCAAUUCAAAGGGAAUUGACAGCAUUGUUAGCGAAUGCGGAGAAGAACAAGGAGAUUGAUGCAUGUGAUGAAUCAAUAUGUGGUGCCAUCAGGAAAAUUCAUGAGCAUCGUAGAAGACGAGCAUUCUUUCUUGGGUUUAGUCAAUCACCAGUUGAGUUUAUUAAUGCUUUAAUUGAAUCACAAAGCAAGGACUUGAAGCUUGUAGCUGGAGAAGCCAGUCGAAGUGUUGAGAAGGAACGCCGAGCAGAGUUUUUCAAUCAACCAUGGGUUGAAGACGCUGUAAUCCGAUACUUGAACCGCAAGCCUGCUGCAGGAAGUGAAGCUCCUGGAAGUGCAUAAUUUUAUAAAAUGGGUUUCCAUCUUGCUUGCUCAUUAAGUGGUGGAUGAUUUAACCUAGGAUGUUUUAAGUUAUGAUCCAAAUUUGUUGAGAGGAAGAGGAAUCGCUCCAUGCUUGUAUAACCAGAAUUCUGCUCUGCACUGUAGCUCUUUCUUGAAAUAGGAAUUAUGCUUGUGGGUCUAUUCUAUACAUGUAUUGGAUCCCAGAAUCAGAAUGUAGUUCGUUGGCAGUUGUGUUAAUGGCAGAAAGGUGGCGAGGUUCGUAGCCCUUUUCUUCCCUUCUCGUCUUUUGUUUUGCCUGGGACUGUCGUGAGAUAUAGUAGCAAACAGAAGUUGACCGAAAUCAUUUACAUGUUAAUUUAUCAGAUACAUUAGGGAGUUGUUGGUUGCAGUGAUUUUGAUACUGGCUAGUCAUAAUGAUUUUACCAUGUACUUGUGAUGAGUCUGUGCCUGU